AUGUUCAGAAACAAUUAUGAUAACGAUUCUGUUACCUUCUCCCCACAGGGUCGAAUCUUUCAAGUCGAGUAUGCUUCAGAGGCUGUGAAGCAGGGUAGUGUUGUUGUGGGAAUAGUUAGCAAGACUCAUGCUGUUCUUGUGGCUUUAAAGAGAAACGCAGAAGAACUCUCCUCCUACCAAAAAAAAGUAAUCGCAAUCGAUGAGCACGUCGGACUGGCCCUCGCCGGUCUUGCCUCCGACGCCCGCGUCCUCUCCAACUUCAUGAAAAACCAAACUCUCGCCUCGCGUUUAACAUAUGACCGAGCUAUCCCCAUCGAACGACUCGUCGCUUCAAUCGGUGACCGCGCUCAAACUAAUACUCAACAUUACGGAAAGCGUCCAUAUGGUGUUGGUCUUCUCGUAGCUGGUGUUGAUGAAACCGGACCUCAUCUAUUCGAGUUCCAACCAUCGGGCAUGACGCAGGAAAUGAAUGCUUGUGCGAUUGGUGCGAGGAGUCAAAUGGCCAGAACUUAUUUGGAGAGACAUUUGGAGGAGUUUCCAGACUGUGGAAGAGAGGAAUUGGUUAAGCAUGGUUUAAGAGCACUUAAGGAAUCUCUAGCUCAAGACAAGGAGUUGACGGUCGAGAACACAAGUGUGGGAGUUGUAGGAAUUAAAGCAGAAGGGGCUAAGAGCAUUGAAGGUUUCAAGCUAUUCGAUGGUCAGGAUGUAAAGCAAUGGGUAGAUUUGGCAGCGGAUAGUGCAGAAGGCGCAGAAGGUACCGAAGCUGCGGAGGGUGGUGAUUCGAUGGAGGUAGAUGCAUAA